CACGAGCUGGGAAAUCGCGCGUCGCUCGUCUCAGUCUGGCUCAGCCGUCGCGCUACAACGACGCUUGCGAGACGCGCGCUACAAUCGCGAACUUGCGCUCGUUGCACCACUCGUUCGUACGGAGCGCGCGCGGCGAAAAUAGUGAGCUCGUGGCCGGGAGCGGCUGGACCCCGGUGAGAGGACAAGUGUUCAGCGGCGGUAUGUUGCCCGCGCUGUUGGUGCUGGCGCUGGCGGCGCUGGCCCCGGCCGUCGCGCGCCGCCACGCGCCCUACCUGCAUGAGGACGAGCCCGCGCGCCGCACCACUCGACCCGCCGAAUGUCUAUUCGGGAAGCAAGCAAAGGAGCUAGGGUCCAAGUGGUUUGCGGACCUGGGCCCGCCGUUCGGAGUCAUGUACUGCAUCAAAUGUGAGUGUGUACCGGUGCAAAAGAAAAGGCGCGUGGUUGCUAAGGUGUCCUGUCGUAAUAUCAAGAAUGAGUGUCCCGAACCCACUUGCGAUACACCGGAGCUGCAGCCAGGAAGAUGUUGCAAGACUUGCCCAGGCGAUAUUAAUUCGCCCGACAUCGUCCAAGAAGACAGUCCGGUGGUUUACACUGCUGAAGAAGACGAGCACAAUAUGAAGUAUUUCGCUUCGAUUCUGACUGGUCGGUCUCCGCUUUGUGUAAGGCGUGAUGACAUGUCCGGGGUGCCGGUGGGGCCGGGGGUCGCGACGGCCCGGUUCACGUUCCGGCGCCGCCAUCUUUACUGGUCGGUGCUGCUGAGCCCCUCGAUCUCAGCGCAGCCUCGAGCACUUGCCUUUCUCGAUCGCAUAGGCCGAGUGCUACUCGAGCAACCUCUCAAGAAAAUACCAGGCAUUCAUUCAACUUAUGAAGAAAAAACUGAUAAGCUGUGCGGCGUAUGGCGCCGAGUACCUCGUCAAUAUAAAACACUGUUACGAGACGGAGACCUCCACGUGGCUCUGUUGUGGGGAGAUGAUCGCAACAGUACAAUAGACAGCGCUUUGAGCGGCCGAAUCGACAGAUAUCCAGCACUUUCAUCUGAGAUGUUUACUACAUUACUAGAACCUGAACAUCCGCCCACAUCGUUCGGACAGGGAGCUUGCAGAGAUUAUAGAGCGGUAGACCAUGAAGAUGGUUGGUGGGGUGGCACUGCAGUCAUCACCGGAGUCGCAGGCGCAACACCUAGCCUUUACUUAGCCCUUAUGUUUAACGGAGUGUUUCCAAAAACGGCAGCGACAUCACAUCUCGUCAGAGUGGUUCUCACUUUGCCGGAAAAAAACCAGACGAUCAUUGAUCAGGUACAGAGAGUGAACAAGCCAAAUUACGACUUCAACGUCCUUGAAGUGUCAACUCCGGUUUCGGCGGCUGAGUUACGUUCUCUUGCUAGGGGACGGUUACUCCUUACUGUGGAAGCUGUAGAUACACCAGAACGGCGUCUGGUGGGAAGUGUGAGACAGAAAGCAGCUUGCGAGGUUUAUCAUGCACCGCUGGUGUCAGAAAGAGCUCCGGCUUCACCGGCACCGGAAGGACUUGCCUUGAUCUACAUUGAUAAAGAGGGCUCGCUUGUCUAUGAUAUACAGAUGGAUAACCUGAGUGUGAACGAUCCGAAGAUAACAUUAGUGGAGGAGCAAGGCAAGCGGCAUUCACAAGUGGAGAUACUGGACACUCGUAUCGGUGUGCUAGCGCGGCCUAGUGCUCGGAUUUUCCAACCACUCUAUGAAGAUACUCUAGCUGUUCAUGUUAGUGGGGAUGCAGGACCUCCUAUACUUCGCGGUCGGCUGACGUCCCGUUUGAUGCCUGAUGCUGCAGGUUCUGGACCUGCAUUGUUACGCAGAACUUCUCAAGUUCGAGUGCCUAUGACUAUGGCAGGACUCGCUUGGCUCUCAGUGGAUUCUUUAUGUGGCUUGUAUUACGAGGCGGUGGUAACGGGUGGUAACUCUCGAACCAAGUCCUCCUGGUGGUUAGAGACGCACGCAGGCGGGGAAGGCAAUGCGCGUGAACUAGGCGCUGAUGAAGGUUGGAUACUGGAGCCUACAGCGGCAGAGCUGGUCGCUCUACACGUUGGCGCUGCUUAUCUGGAAUUACGAUCCCAUGAUAAUGUCACGGCACUACUGCGCACGCGCGUACCACAAAUAAGCGUGCCACCAUCAUGCUUACCUGCGGUCCCGGGGACCACAGACAACGAGCUAAGUGCCAAGUACACGCCAGGACCUUUGGAAGACCAGUUAUCUGACGCGCUGUACCGCCUCAGCGUGGGCUACUGUAAACAGGGCGAGAAGUUUUACAAGCUAGGAGAAAUUUGGACUGAUACUGAGUCAUGCUCCAAGUGCUCUUGCGUGCUUGGUAUGCCACGAUGUGAGCCGGUGCAGUGUCCCCAAGUCACUUGUCUCGUGCCUACGAUACAGCCACCUGGACAAUGCUGCCCAAUAUGCACUAAUUCAACAUCAGCAAAAUGGACAGAAGAAGGCAGUUGCACGCUGGCGGGACAGACUUACGCACCAGGAUCGUCAUGGCAUCCGUACUUAGUACCAGGAGGAUACGACACCUGUGCGAUAUGCACGUGUAACUUUGCCACUAAGCAGAUCCAGUGCCCACGAGUCCAGUGUCCGCCCUUACGCUGCAGUGAGAAGGAAGCGUACAGACCGGAUAAGAAAGCCUGUUGCCGAGUUUGUCCUGAGGCCAAAGCCAAAAAACCUGACGAAGAGACACCUAAAGAUCAGGGAACACCUAGAACAGCUGAAGAAAUUCUGGCGGAAGGUGGAUGUAAAUUCCCUGACGGACCGCUACCAAAUGGAAAAGAAGUCCAUCCUUCGAUACAUUCGCACGGAGAACAGAGAUGUGUCACUUGCAGAUGCAAGGACGGUGAAGUAACAUGUGUCCGAAAGCGGUGCGGGCGCGCUGCGUGCUCGCGGCGGCGACGCGUGGACGCGUGCUGCGUGUGUACGCGACACCGACGGCAGCGCGCGCCGCGUCCUGACCGCGCGCAGCGCACGGAACGCUCGGAACGCUCAGAACGCCUAGUGCGUUUAGAUCGCUUACAGCGCUCUGACCGCUUGGCCCCGCCGCCUCCGAGCUGAGCGCGCCGCGGUUGAGUGCAUGCACUCGCCGGACACAGUAUUACUGCGCCCGACCAUCCCGUCUUCACCCCAGACUGCUCGUAGGCUAAGUGAGUGAGCGCUCCGCUCCCUAGACUGACGAUUAUUUUUAUGUACGCGUGCGAUACGAAAGUGUCUCUAGUUUUAGGUUGCGUCGUCGGAACACGCGCCACUGGACAGGACCACAUUUGCGGGUGAUACAUUUGUGGCAAACUUAUUGUCACCUGGUUCGGUAUAAUGCGUACGUUUGACUAAAAUGUUGAGAACAAGUUGUGUGGUAGAUUUUCCAUCUCUGGUGUUGGGGAUUUGCCGUUGUAGUUAGAGCGUGUAGUUCUGUUCGGUAGCGUUGUGAGACGAACGUAUCGAUACAGUAGGCGGUAGGACGGUCGGCCGCGCAACGGCUCUGAGUCGAUCGAUGACGGAAGUAGCUAUACUGUGUAUUAAUAAACUUUGAAUAUAUACUUACCCACCGGUAUUUAAUUGGUAUUAUGAGAUAUCCCGAAAUUUUAUAGGCGCAUUGCAUUUUCAUCCGAUACUGAUUUGUUUUUAGUAUUUAUUAGUCGUGUAAGGUUCGAUCGCUCGGUGAGAUAUCUUUAGAGGUGCGAGCGCGGUCGAUGAAAGAUGUGCCAUAUUUUCUUAAUUGUAAAUAUAAAUUAUGAUACUACUUAUGUGCAUAUUUAUUUACAUGUUUAUUGUAUAUGAUACGAGGUAAUCCCGCGUAUACACGGUCGCGUACGAUACAUCACAAACAUUCAUGUACUGUUCGCCAUGUUUGUGCAUUUGCUUUAGUUUUGUAUAAACAUACUUAGUGGCUUGCACGUGUUAUUAAUGUGCAUGUGUAAUGAUUCGAUAGUGCUUAUUUCCUAUGUUAAUUUAUAUGCAUAGUCAAUAAUUGUGUAGAAUCUGUAUUGGCUUCAGAUAUGAGUCUGUAGAGAGAAAUAUGUUACAUUGUAUGUAAUCUUACUUAUAUGUACGUGAAAACUAAUAUCUCGAGUAACUUAUGUUUGUGGUUAUGCUAUCAGGGUGUCAACACGAUACUCUUAAUUAAUCUGUAAAUAUUAACGUAUGUUUUAAAAUGUUAUGCUUUACACAAGUAAUAUAAACGGACUGUACGAUAAAUAUAUUAUAAUACAUUAUAAUAAGGCGUAGAUUUUAAUAAAUUUUCGUGACUAGUUUUGAUUAAUUACUAGUUUAACGGUUUAGUUACGUAAUUAAGGAAGCUAGUCCAAAUGUUUUGAUGUGAUGGAAAUGAAUGCCAUGUAACUAGCGAUACUUCUGUCUUGAUUACUGAUAUAAGAUUUAUGUACUGUAAGUGGCGGCCUCACGCGGUGUGGAAAGCGAAUUAGGUAUUUGUUAGAGACGGUGAGACGCCCGGGUAUUGCGCGGGCGCUACUGGGCGUUUACAGGACUGACUGAAGUAAAACGCCAAAGUUUUAAAAUUCAUGUAGAGGUGAGGCUUGGCAUAUUUAAUCGUGAUUUCGCGACGUAAAAGGAUUUGACGGCUUCGUGGGACAUUGCCAAAUAUAUAUUUUGUGAAUGGAAUUUCUCUUUUCGUUGUGGAUUCUAGUCCAUCAAAAUUUGUAAGGAGUUUGUAACGUAGUGCUAUUAUUAUUGGUUAUUUACCUUUCAUGUUCCGGUGGAAUCGGUCGACACAAGGUGUAUUCUCUAUCGGUUCCGCCGGAGUUUGCCAACGUAUAUUAGUUUUUGAUAUAACAAGAAUAUCAAUGAUAAGCACAAGUUUAUGGUUUUUAAUAUUUUUUUGUAUUAUCUAACAAUAGAAAAGUAGUCACCUAUGGCUUGCGAAUAACAUAACUAAUGGCCAUAAAGAAUACUAUGAAGUCGCUUUUGUUGCAUUGUUUUUCUAAAUAGAAAAAUAUAAAAUAUUAUUCGAACCAACAGCACGAUGGUAAGGGAGGCUGGGUAUAUUUUAAAUUCCUGAAUCAUAUCAAGCGUUUGGUUAAUAUGUUACAUGUUCACAUAUAUUUGGGUUGUCUAGGUGCAUUCAGUCAAUAUUUUGUAACCUGUCAUACAGUUAUUAAAUAAAUUACCUGAGAUAA